AUGUUAGCUCCCAGACCUGUCCCUGGUGGAAGUGGAGUGGUGAGCACUGCUGCGGAUCGCGCGGCAGCGAAUACAUUGGUUGAUAUUGCUUUUGACACUUCUCCGAAGAAGUCAGAUAGGAACACGCAGUUGAUUCAUGAGCAUUUUCACUCUGGUUCAGGAUAUUCGGCCGUGAAGAAUGGUAUUGCCGGUUCUGGGCGCUUGAUUCCUCGUAUUCUGCCGGGAGAUUGGAUGUCUGAUUCUCAGAUGGCAGGCGAGGAGUUUGACAACCCAAGAAGAAAUCCAUCUCGAAAGGCAAGGCCAAUCGAUCUGGCCGAAUGA